CUUUUGUAAUGGGUUAUGGGUGGACAUUGAAAUGUCAAAAAGACAAAAUGGCUUACAUUAGCUUUAUUUGUUUAGUGUUUUCGACAUUAAAAUGUAACGGUAAAACGUGAAAAGUGUGUUAAGUUAUAAACUGUAGCAACUAUGUUGCAUAACACUGGUCCUUACGGGCCGAACGAGGCGCCGGUUAACAUGGGAGCGCCCGUGAACAUGACACCGAUAAGUGGACACUUGAAUAUAGCUCAUAACAUCAAUAAUUUGAGCAAAAUAGCGCAGCAAGGAGCCCCAGCGGCUAGCGGGCACUACAACCUACAAGACUAUGCCCAUUACAACCACUCUCCACUAGUUAUUCCCUCACAAAUGGGUCAAUAUCCGAACUAUCAACAACUGGGUUUCCAACAUACGUAUAUGAACCAAAAUGCUAAUAACAUCAACGAUUUGUCGUUUCCAAACGGUAUGUUUCCAAUGAAUUUGAAUAUACAGAACGAGCACAAUGCCAACAUGAUGAAUAGCGCGUACGAUAAGCGAUUUAUCGACGCAGCAAGGCACGACAGUUUACGAGAUCAGAAUGUAAUAAAAACUCCUUUAAAUAUACCUCAGAUACCAAAUAAAUCGUAUAUUAAACAAAACAGCGUCAACAACGACUAUAUACACAGCAAUAUAUAUCACAACGCGCCUAAUAACUUAGAUUUAAGCAUAAAACCGCAAGAAAAAUUACAAAUAGACAGCACAAGGCGGAAAAACAUUGAAAACACUGUGAAGUUAAUUGAGGAUAUUCUAAUAAAUUCAUCGAAUAAACCUAGAGAACAGCCAAGCACUCCUAUUGUACCGAACAAUACUAAAACCAAUCUUCCAUCAGACGUGACAAUUGAAAAAGCCCCAAAGCCUUCCAGAAGUACCGAAAACUCACAAACUACCACCACAUCACCACAACCAAUAAAGGAAUUAUCAAAAGAACAGUCAAAUACGGACAAUAAUGAACCGAAUAACACCAUUAACAGUAGUAAAAGCAAAACGCAGUCUGAAAACGAUUCUUCAAGUGAGGAAGAGGAUUUAAAACCUUUAGGUAUAAUGCAACAUUUCAUAACGGAAGACGUAGAGGUCACUACGGACAAUACAAUCGAAAUUAAAGUGGAAAAAGCCAGUUGGGCAGACUCGGAUUGUUACACACCGUUUGUAAAAGAUGUAAAUGGUUUUCAUAGAGAAGGACAAGUGAAUUAUAGGAUUAUUGAAGGAGAUUGUAGCGUUUCUGAAGCGGUCGCUGCUUAUAAAAAUGACAUAAAACCGGAAGGAGUAUUCGAAUGUCCGCACUGUGCGCUCCUAUUUAAGCACCCAAAACGGUUUCUAAUCCACAACAAGUGGCAUACCUUCGGCCUAACGAACAUUAAACGCAUGGAAAUAGCCAAAGUAAGAGAACAAAAACGGUUUGAACGCAAAGAAGCAAAGAUUAUAGAGCGAAUGAACUCCAAGGAGGUUACGGAAGAAGUGAACGUAGAUGGUAAAACUUUUCCGUGUAAAGAUUGUGAUAAAGUGUUCAGUUCUAAAAGUAGUUUGAAGAAUCAUAGACAGAGGUCUCAUCCGACCCGUAUAAGAGAGUGUAAGAUCUGUCACAAGUCUAUGUCAUCUUGGGCGGCGUUGAGAGUGCACAUGGCUACCCAUACAGCGGAGAGCGGCGCGGGGUACCAGUGCCGCGAGUGCCCCAAGCGGUUCAAGUACUCGCACUCGCUAGCCAAGCAUUCUGAUACACAUUUGGAAAAAACCCAUGCCUGUACCGACUGCCCUAAGAAGUUCGGUUCUCAAGCGCUCCUGAAGAUGCAUAUGAAGACACACGAGCGAAUGUUACGCGGCGCCACAUUCCGGUGUACCUACUGCGGGAAGGGGUUCUUUGAGUCGUAUAGUUUGCAGGUACACGAAAGAACUCAUCGCAACGAAAGGCCAUAUUCAUGUGAUAUCUGUAACACGGCCUUCGGAACUAACUCUAGUCUCAAGAGGCACUUGAAAGUGUCCCACAGCACUUCAAAACCCCAUCAGUGUACAGUAUGUCGGCGCAACUUCUCCACGGAGUCGAUACGAGACCGCCACGAGUCCAGGGUCCACGGCAAACCCGAAGACUUCAAGUUUCCCUGCAAACAGUGCGCUUGCAAAUAUUUAAAACUAAAAGAUCUACAGAAGCAUGUCUACAAAAUGCAUCCGAAAGGUAAAAGGAAGAAAAAGUCAAAAUCUAGCGAAUCUGAAUGAACCUUAUAUAUAACGGAAUAAGGUACAAAAUUCUAUGCUCCCAAAAACAUCUUUAUGCAUCAUAACAAAAAGUUUAUCACUUUACCAUCUAUUUGUAUUAAGUUGAUGUCAAUUUUAAAUAUUAUUUGGUCUUGUGAAUCACAUUAUUUAUGGUGAAUUACUUUAACUUGAAAAAAAAUCCACUACUGUAUAAAAAAAAACCGGCCAAGUGCGAGUCGGACUCGCGCACGAAGGGUUCCGUACCAUUAUUUAUAAAACCGCAUUUACCUGUUGCCGUUAUAGAUAUCGAGCAAAAAAAAUCACGUUUGUUGUAUGGGAGCUCCCCAAAAUAUUUAUUUUAUUCUAGUUUUCAGUAUUUGUUGUUAUAGCGGCAACAGAAAUACAUCAUCUGUGAAAAAUUCAACUCUCUAACUAUCACGGUUCAUGAGAUGCAGCCUGGUGACAGACGGACGGACAGACACAGGAGCGAAACCAAUAGGGUCCCGUUUUACCCUUUGGGUACGGAACCCUAAACAUUGGGAGUCCGUUCCCAAUAUAAUAACAGAAAUUCAGUAGGAUUCAGUUGUUGUUACAAUUCGUAGCAAAAUAGUAAUUGUUUUGUAUAUAAAAAGACAGAAUAAUGUAAAUAUAUAUUAUUUGAGUGUUCAUUUCGAAUGUUAUUAUAGAAAUAUUAAUUAGAAAAUGUUGUUAUAUAUUUUAUGUAAAUAGACAUUUUUUAUUAUAUUUUAUUUGUUUAAGAUUAUAAAGUUAGGUAAUUAAAUUAUAUUGUAUGUAAAAAUAAUGAAUAGAGAAUUUGUUAGCAGACAAAAUAUUUUGUAUAUAAUUUCUUAAAGAACAAUAGAAAAAUAGUGAAAAUUAUAAAAUUCAGCAAGGAGAUAUAAUUGUAUACUUAAUUAAAGAUUUCAUCAUUAUCAUCCGCCUAGCCUUUUCCAAGAUAAUACAGGAUGCAGCUGAGUACCAGUGUUUUACAAGGAGCGACUGCCUAUCUGACCUCCUCAACCCAGUUACCCGGGCAACCCAAUAUUAUUGCUAUAACUUGGUAACUUAAGUUGUAACAUUUUCUUGUUCAUAUCGAUAUGUCAAACUAGUUUUUGUAAUUUACUUUUAAAAGAUCUAGCGAGAGGUUUAACAAAAUACCCAUAUGUAAAGACCUUUAGAUAAGUUUUGUAAUUAAAUCUAGAGUAGUUAGAUGUUUUGUAAAAUCUUCUAGUGGAAUAGAGAUGGAGUAAAAGUUAGGUAUUCGGCAUUCGGCUCAAUAAUGGUCAUGGCACAUAUGAUCGUCACAGCAUGGCGUAGAUCUAACCCAGCGAUUAACUUGUCAUUUGAAUUUGAACCUUAAAUCGUAUCUCAUAUGAAUUAUUUUAUAACAUCAUCUGCUUAGAUUUCUUACCAAUUGUGUUGAGGUCGGCUUCUAGUCUAACCGGAUGCAGCUGAGUACCAGUGUUUUACAAGGAGCAACUGCCUAUCUGACCUCCUCAACCCAGUUACCCGGGCAAUUAUAAAACAUUUUAUAUUGUCAAUAUAAAAAGUCGAUGGUGGGGUUACAGCGGGCUUGUUGCUACCGAACAUCAGCUGCAUCGUGCCGUCCAUGUGUGCCAUGACCUUUAGGGUUAAAUAGUGAAUAGUUGGGGGAUAGUUAAUGGCCGAAUAUGAUAAUAAUAGUCGUUAAUAUUUAAUUUAUUUAAACCUUACUUCAAUAUAAUUUUCAAAGCCAAAUUCUUCACCUAGGCCGAAAAAAUUAUUCGCCGAAACAUAUAUUUGCUCCAUCUCUAUUUUAAGAACAUAAUAGAAAAUAAAUACAAAAAUAUCACUAAAUAAUAGUUUAAAAAUGUAGAAUAAAAUGUUAUAUACGAAAUUACUAAAGAUAUAGUAAAUUACAAACUAUAAGAACUA